CUCCCUCUCUUCUCUUCUCUUUUAUUCCUUUCUCGGUCCUUUUAUUUUGUCUAUAUAUUCAAGCAGCGACCUUUCAAUAUACUCCAUUGCUCGCGUUUUUCUUCUCCGGUCCACGCGCUCAAGUCCUUCUCUUUCCUUUCUGUUUCUCUGUUCUUUGUUUGUUUUUGUGCUUCUGCGUCGCGACUCUUCUUUCUCUUUCUCGCGAAGGAUUUUUCCAUCUUUUUCAACAUGACUGGUGUUCCCGAAGGAGGGUCUGAAUCUGUAACCCUUGAUCUGCUUAAGCAUAAAAUGGCGGAGUUUGCUAAGGAGAGAGACUGGGAACGGUUUCACAGCCCCAGGAACCUCCUUCUUGCUCUGGUGGGUGAAGUGGGCGAACUUUCUGAGAUAUUCCAGUGGAAAGGCGAGGUUCCAAAGGGUCUGCCAGACUGGAAAGAAGAAGAGAAAGUUCAUCUUGGUGAAGAGCUAUCCGAUGUGUUGCUUUAUCUUGUGAGGCUCUCUGACAUCUGUGGGGUUGAUCUUGGCCAAGCUGCUCUGAGAAAAGUUGAACUUAAUGCUGUCAAAUACCCAGCCACAGGAUGCAAAGAAACCUCAAGCAAGCAGAACCAGAAAACCAGCAAUUUCACUGAUGAUACUGAUACUAAUAAUAAUAAUAAUAAUACCGCCGAUAUAUAAUGAUCUUCCAUGUGUUCAUCUCCAAAGUCUUUCAGUAAAAAGACUGACAUGUGAAGAUUUCUUUUUUCUUCUCUGUCAUCUGAUAUUGGAGGGUUUUGGGGUGGUUGAGGAUAAUCCUAAGGUUAAUGUUACUGUAGGGGCAUAGAUAAUAGAUUAGGGGGUUGUGUCGACAAGAUGGUAGGGUUUUGUGACAUUGCAUGGAGACUUAGUUUGGUUUGGUUGGCUGGUGAAAUGCUACUUUUUCCUGAGGUACAAUUAUUCUCACAAAUUUUGAUCUUGUCACUGUUUUAGCAGACUGAAUAGAAUCCUCUCUUUGACAGAUAUAUAUGUUGAAAUCAUUGCUUGUUUU